AUGAACAAGAGGAAAAACUCCACUCUGAGCUUCGACGAGCCGAGCGGAGGAAAGCGGCGUCGAACGGCCAUCGCCACAUCGCAUGACUUCCCGCACCGCGCCACUCCCCGCACCGCGCCACUCCCCGCACUGCGCCACUCCCCGCACCGCGCCACGUCCCGAAGCACGCAAAUCCCCGCAAAGCGAGACUCCCAGCAGAGCGCGACCCCCGCAGAGCCCAACUUCCCGCAGAGCGCGACCCCCGCAGAGCGCGACUCCCCGCAGAGCGCGACGCCCCGCAGAGCGCGACGCCCCGCAGAGCGCGACCCCACGCAGAGCGCGACUCCCCGCAGAGCGCGACUCCCAAAGAGAGCGAGUCCCCGCAGAGCGCGACUCCCCGCAGAGAGCAACUCCCCGCACCGUGGGGGUCGCCAAAUCGCGUGA